UAUAAGCGGGCGGCCGCGGCCCCGCUCCGCAGUGCAUGGCCGAGCUCCGGCCGGCCCCCGCCGCUCCGCCGGGACCCUCCCCCGGGCCGGUCCCGGCCGCCCCCCGCGUCCCCUCCCCGCCAGCCGUGACCUUGGCAUCCGCCGGCCGCGGGGACAGCCCUGGGGACAGCCGCCGCGGGAUGCGUUAGGCGGCGGAUCGCACGGGAAUAUUCUCCUGGGAGAAGGGGAGAGCGGCAGCCUCCUCCCGCGGCCGGGGAGCGGCAGGAGAAGCGGAUUUAAAGAGCGUCUUUGCCCCUUUGUUGGAUGAGAAGGACGGGGAAGGAGCGGCAGGAUGAGCACUAGCACAGUUCCCUACCAGCAGAACCCCUACACCCCCGGCAGCAGCUCCUCUGCCAUCCAGUGCUACCGCUGCGGGGACACCUGCAAGGGCGAGGUCGUGCGCGUGCAGAGCAACCACUUCCACAUCCGCUGCUUCACCUGCCAAGUGUGCGGCUGCGACCUGGCCCAGUCGGGUUUCUUCUUCAAGAACCAGGAGUACAUCUGCACCCACGACUACCAGCAGCUCUACGGGACCCGCUGUGACAGCUGCGGGGACUUCAUCACCGGCGAGGUCAUCUCCGCCCUGGGCAGGACCUACCACCCCAAGUGCUUUGUCUGCAGCACCUGCAGGAAGCCGUUCCCCAUCGGAGACAAGGUGACGUUCAGCGGGAAGGACUGCGUCUGCCAAAACUGCUCCCACUCCCUCCUCAGCACCAAGCCCAUCAAGAUCCACGGGCCCAGCCACUGCGCCGGCUGCAAGGAGGAGAUCAAGCAGGGCCAGUCCCUGCUGGCCCUGGAGAAGCAGUGGCACGUCAGCUGCUUCAAGUGCCAAACGUGCGGGGUCAUCCUCACCGGCGAGUACAUCAGCAAGGAUGGCAUCCCGUACUGUGAGUCCGACUACCACGCCCAGUUCGGCAUCAAGUGCGAGACCUGUGACCGCUACAUCAGUGGCCGCGUCCUGGAGGCAGGAGGGAAGCACUACCACCCCACCUGUGCCAGAUGUGUGCGCUGCCACCAGAUGUUCACAGAGGGAGAGGAGAUGUACCUGACAGGCUCUGAAGUGUGGCACCCCAUCUGCAAGCAGGCAGCCAGAGCAGAGAAGAAGCUGAAGCACAGAAGGACGUCAGAAACCUCCAUCUCCCCCCCUGGCUCCAGCAUCGGCUCCCCAAACCGUGUCAUCUGCGCCAAAGUGGAUAAUGAGAUCCUUAAUUACAAAGACCUGGCAGCUCUUCCCAAGAUUAAAGCCAUCUAUGAAGUGCAGCGUCCUGACCUCAUUUCCUACGAGCCCUAUCACAGAUACACGUCGGAUGAGACGCUGGAGAGAUAUAGCUAUGGGGAGUCCCUGGGGACCCUCUCCCCAUACUCACAGGACAUCUACGAGAGCUUCGACACGCGGCAGAGGCGAGCCUCCAGCCCUGGCUACAUCGACUCCCCCACCUACAGCCGCCAGGGCAUGUCCCCCACCAUCCCCAGGUCCCCCCACCAUUUCUACCGCUCAGGCACCGAGAGCGGGCGCAGCUCCCCCUACUAUAGCCAGUUAGAUGUGAGGUCCUCCACUCCAACCUCAUACCAAGCUCCCAAGCAUUUCCACAUCCCAGCUGCUGGCGAGAGUAACAUCUACAGGAAGCCGCCCAUCUACAAGCGGCACGCCACGAAAAGCAAAACCAGCGAGGACAUCGCGCAGUCAUCCAAGUACAGCCCUGCCUACUCCCCAGAUCCCUACUACCACUCCGAGUCGGAAUACUGGUCCUUCCAAGGCUCACCCAAAGCUCCCCGGGCCCGGAGGUUCUCGUCAGGUGGCGAGGAGGAUGGGUACGACCGGGGCAUGCACAAGAUCCAGAGUGGCAUCGGGAGGCUGAUCCUGAGGGAGGAGAUGAAGGCUCGCUCCAACUCCUACGCAGACCCCUGGACACCCCCUCGCAGCUCGGCCAGCAGCAGGGAGGCCCUGCACACAGCGGGCUACGAGGGCUCCCUCAAUGGCUCUCCCCGAACCCAUUACCUGGCCGACAGCGAUCCCCUCAUUUCUAAGUCGGCCUCCCUUCCUGCCUACAGGAGGAACGGGCUGCACAGGCCUCCCAGCGCGGAGCUCUUCCACUACGACAGCACCAACGCCGUCAACUGGGGGAUGCGAGAGUACAAGGUAAGACCCUUCUGCUGCCAGGAGCGGCCACCAGCCAGAGCCGGGAGUGCCAGGGAUGUGCGUCCGUGUGUCCCCAGGCUCUUCAGAGGGAAGCUUUGCCCUCUGCCUCUGUUCUCCUCCAUCCUGGACCUGGCAGCCCCAUCCCAGCACUGUGGGGCUCACACCAGAGUCCCUCCCCUCCUGCCAGGUCCCAAGUGCUGCUGAGCAGAAUUGUCCCCCGGGUGAGGAGCAGAGCAGGGGGGUUGUGCUGGUGCCUUCCUGCUCACGCUCGUGCCUGGCUCAUUCCUGCUUUUGCACAGUGAGCAGGUUGUUCCAGAGCCACC